AUGCCAAACCCAAUAAUUGAAGCGCUUCCUACUAACAUUGAGAAAUCUGAGCCAGCUGUUUCAGAAUAUUCUUCAAGGUCGGAUCAUGUUCCCCGGGAAGAGGGUAGAUUUGGUUUACAGUUCCGUAAUGGGAAUGGUUAUCUACUGCCACGCAACACAUUAAUUGGGAGAAGCAACAUUAAUGCUGCUAACACCACAAAGAGUUGCUCCCGGGCCCUUCAUCCCACCCCCACCCACCGCCCCGCCCCCCUUGGUCCUACUCCAUUUAGUCCAUUCCCGAAGCCCAUGGUGGGCCUUUUCUGCAACCCUAUAGUUCGUCAUCAUCAAGUACAGAGCCCAGGCCCAGCAAUGUUUAAUGGCAUGCCCUUAAUGCCACCAUCAAUACCAAGAUCACCGGCUAUCCCUACAGAUCCACAGUUGCAUGCAAGUAUAGUGAAACAGAUUGAGUAUUAUUUUAGCAAGGAAAAUUUGGUUAAAGAUACUUUCUUGAGAGAGAAGAUGGAUGGUCAAGGUUGGGUUCCCAUUAGAGUGAUUGCAAACUUCAAUAGAGUGAAGCUGUUGACGAACAAUAUCCGGCUUAUAUUGCGUGUUCUGCGCACAAAUUCAACUGUUGUAGAGGUGCAGGGUAACAGAGUUCCAAUGGGAGCCACCUACCAAUUAGCAAAUGAAGUUUGUCAUGGAUUUUUCACGUAA